AUGGAGUUGACUUUUACCAACGGCAUUGCCCUUUCUACAAGCAAAGACCCCUACUUUUUGGGCGACGCUGGUAUUGAUGGCUACAUCUCCAUCGCAGCCUCAAAAAGUAUUGAGUUCGACAGGCUUAAAGUCACCUUGGAGGGUGUUUUGUUAAACACCAUCCGGAGCGCGGACUGGUAUGCGGAUACCCUCGUCCACGGAAUCCAAAGGCUCCUGCAGCUCGACGACAUCAAGACAGCGAGUGAUUUCGUCGGCCUCGAAGACCAAGCAAAGAGCACACCCAAGUGCUUCUUCCACUUCGACAUACCAAAAACUCUACAGUCCGAACUCCUGGGACAGAAUCGCGGGUUCCUACGAGACCUUCCCCCAUCCCUACCUAGUUUCGAGAGCGUGAAGAAACAUCCUGUUCUCCAGCCACGGUAUCAGGGAGAAUCCAACGUCGGCUACAAUCUCCGUGUGCAGGCUCUAAUCCGAGACAAAGUGGUCGCCAGCAUCACCCGCACCGUCAACAUCAUCCCGACCCUGGACGUCCCUCCGCCAUUUUGUGUCGCAGAUUUCCCCGGCGAGUACGUCCUAACACAGUCGAGAUGCCAGAGGACAUGGCAUCCCGGCGGAUCUCGCACGAGAGAGCUGCGAAUCGAAGCAAGCCAGCCUUUGCCGGUGAUUUUGUGCAAACCUACAGACGACACGGUCUUUUCUACCACGUUAAGCCUGACCCAAAUUAACUAUUUAACCAGGAACUGCCGAGAACAGCCACGAGCUCCAGUCAUCGGCCAGUGCGUGGCAUCCUUGGUGUUCUCGACCUAUAUCUCCAGCGACCCGCGCGGAAGUGCUCCGACGCUGAAAGACGUCUCAUCUUCGCGCGGUACACUAUGUCGCAACGAGGGAGUCUACGCCGAAGUCGAAGUUCCCGUACAAUUCUCAGGCUGGAAGGAGACCCCUCACACUUUACUACAAGAUGACGGCACGCCAGACACAAACACAGACACGGCACAGCGCUCGAUCGCGGAAGCCCAAACCCGUUUGACGCUCAACUUUGGCAAGCUAAAGUACCCGGUCCCCAGUUUCGAGUCCUCGCUGGUGUCACGGCGGUAUAAACUCGACCUCUGCGUCCGAGUCACGGCGUCAAAUCGCCGCCGCACGUUCCGCCUCAUUCUGCCCGCUCAGAUUUCUUACUCGGCGGACAACACUCAGAGUCCUAGGACGAAUCUCGAGUGUGACUGUCCUCCGUAUUUCGCAUAG